AUAUGUUUCUGUGCAAGUGAAAAAUAAGGAAAUGUGUGUAAUUGAAAAUUAUAAUAUUAAGUUUGACUCUAGUUAAAAGUAUUUAGAAAUAAAUGUUACAACAAAUAUCUUAAUCUUCGAUGUACCUGCGCUGUUAUGAAUUUAAUAGAUUAACGCAAUUUGUCUAAUACUCUACAAUUAGUUAAAAUACAUUUCAAACGGAAAUAUGAAUUACCUAGUUACAAAAAGAAGACGAUUGAAUCGUUAAACUGAAUGUUGAAUAAAUGAGUUAAAACAUAAGUUAAAGUUGACCGAAGAGCGAUGCGAGGGUGACCAUGGUUCAAAGUUACGCGCUUAUCAUACUGCUGCUGGCCACGUCGCGCCACCAAGCACAACACCUCAAAGUUACGAACCUAGACCAAAACUUAACUAAUAUAACCAUUAUUUUAUCAAACAUCGGAUACCUCGAAGCCGAAGAAUACUAUGCCUCAGCCAGUGAUUUCCGUCAUAAACGCGAGUCCCACCCUCUCAUUAGUCCAUUCGAUAUAUCGAAAAUGUUCAAGAAAAGAAAUCGACCCAAAAAGGCAGGUACACCACAACCAAGUGCAUCACCGCUACAAUCGGACCAUGUACUUAGUGAGAGACAGCUAGCUAUUUCACAAGCUGUCAGCGAAACAGACAGAGAAAAAAAAAUUAUCAAUGACUCUACAACUGAAACUGCAGUGACAAGUACUUCUAAUCAGCAACAGUAUCUAAAAAUUAAAAACAAAAUAGUUACAACUUCUGACCAAUCUAAAACUACGACCAAAGGUAUAGCACCCGAAGCUGAAUUUGAUAGUGUAAGUAAAACAGAUGAUUUCAAUCCUCUAGUAACGUCUUACACCACAGUAGCUGAUAUCAGUCAGGCACAAGUUACAAGCACAGUGAGUUCUACAGUAGGCACUGAUAAAACAGUUGGUAAUAGUAAAAAAAAAGUUAAAAGUGUUAGAAAUCCUAAAAAUAAAAGCAAAGUUUCGCGGAAAUCUAAAAGUGUUGUUACCAGUCAACCACAGACAACAACUGUACAGUUUAGCUAUAGUGAAGAGAGUAGUAGUGGUGAGGCUAGAUUGAUAAAUAAGAAGAAAGCUGAAAAUGAGAGUGUGUGGCCGGUGAAGCAUGCUGCGGUGCUGGAGGGGGACAUUGUACUCGGCGGACUCAUGAUGGUGCACGGGCGUGCUGCAGGCGGCAACGCCGGUGGUACGGCGCGCUGCGGGCCGCUCAUGGCGCAGGGAGGAGUGCAGGCUCUCGAGGCGAUGCUGUUCGCGAUGGACGAAGCCGAACGCGCCAUGUUACUGCCGCCAGGCGUCAAGCUAGGCGCGCUGGUGCUCGAUGACUGUGACAGCGAUACGAGGGGACUUGAAAUGGCACUGGAUUUUAUUAAAGGUUCCAUCAGCAACAUAGACGACGAGGAGUACGGCUGCAACGCCACGGCGGUGCGGAAGGUCAUCUCGGGAGUGGUGGGCGCAGCUUCCUCCGUCACGUCGGUGCAGGUCGCCAACCUGCUGCGACUGUUCAAGAUCCCUCAGGUGUCGUUCUUUUCGACGUCCCCGGAGCUGUCGAACAAGGCCCGCUUCGAGUACUUCACGCGCACCAUCCCCUCCGACCUGCACCAGGUGCGCGCCAUGGUGGAGAUCGUGAAGCAGCUCGCCUGGCGCUACGUCUCCAUCAUCUACGAGGAGUCCAACUAUGGUAUAAAGGCUUUCGAGGAAUUGGAAACCCUGCUUCAGCGGGACGACAUCUGCAUAGCAGUGAAGGAGCGGCUCGCCAAAGACUCCGGCGCAGCGGACGAGCGAGCCUACGACGCUAUCGUGGAGCGCCUGCUGUCGCGGCCGAGAGCUAGAGGUGUGAUCGUGUUCGGAUCAGAUCAGGAAGUGGCGGGAGUGAUGGCGGCGGCAGGGCGCCGGGGAGCGUCGCACACGUUCAGCUGGGUGGGCUCGGACGGCUGGAGCGCGCGCGCGCUGGUGGCGGCCGGCAACGAGCCCGUGGUGGAGGGCACGGUCAGCGUGCAGCCGCAGGCCAACCCCGUCCGCGGCUUCAAGGACUACUUCCUGGCGCUGACGCCGCAGAACAACCUGCGGAACCCCUGGUUUGUCGAGUUCUGGGAGGAGCAGUUCCGCUGUCGCUACGCGGGCAGCCCGCGCGCGCGGCACAACGCGCAGUUGGCGCCGUGCUCGGGCAGCGAGCAGCUGUCCGAGGAUAACACGGAGUUCGAGGCGCAGCUGCAGUUCGUGGCCGACGCGGUGUGGGCGUUCGUGUAUGCUAUCAGGGACAUGCACAGGGAGCUGUGCGGCGCGCGCGCCGGGCUGUGCGAGGCGAUGCGGCCGGUGAGCGGGCCCACGCUGCUGCGGUACCUACGACAAGUGCGGUUUAUAGGUCUGAGCGGAGACGAGUUCCACUUCGACGCGUUCGGCGACGGGCCGGCGCGCUACAACAUCCUGCACUUCAAGCAGGUGUCGCUGGGGGUGUACCGCUGGGUCAAGGUGGGCCAGUACCUGGACGGGGAGUUGCAGCUGGAUAUGGACGAGAUCCAGUUCAAAUGGGACGAGCCUCAUCACCCGGAGUCUGUUUGCAGCGCGGAGUGCGAGCUGGGUCAGGCCAAGCAGUACGUGGAGGGGGAGAGCUGCUGCUGGCACUGCUUCAACUGCACGCAGUAUGAGAUCCGCUCGCCAGUGUCGGCGACGGCGUGCGUGGAGUGCGCGCGCGGCACGCUGCCCGACGCGCGCCGCACGCGCUGCGCGCCCGUGCCCGAGCUGUACCUGCGCGCCGCCUCGCCCGCCGCCAUCGGCGCCAUGGCCUUCUCCGCCGCCGGCAUCCUGCUCACUAUGUUGGUGGGCGGCGUGUGGGUGGCGCGCUGCGGCACGCCGGUGGUGCGCGCGAGCGGGCGCGAGCUGUCGUUCGUGCUGCUCGCCGGGAUCCUCAUGUGCUACCUCGUCACCUUCGCGCUCGUCUUCCGCCCCACCGACUUCCUGUGCGCUCUCCAAAGGUUCGGCACGGGGUUCUGCUUCACCGUGGUGUACGCCGCGCUGUUGACCAAGACGAACAGGAUCGCGCGCAUAUUCGACGCGAGCAAACAUUCCGCUCGCCGACCCUCGCUCAUCUCCCCGAAGUCACAGCUUCUCAUCUGUACCAUCUUAGUUUCUAUUCAGGUAGUAAUCGUAGUGGUCUGGCAACUCGCGUCACCGGCGCGAGCCAUACACCACUACCCAACCAGGGAGGACAACAUGCUGGUGUGCGACUCGUACGUGGACGCGUCCUACACCAUAGCCUUCUUCUACCCCGUCGUGCUCAUCGUCAUCUGCACCGUCUACGCCGUAUUGACGAGGAAGAUCCCCGAAGCCUUCAACGAAAGUAAACACAUUGGGUUCACCAUGUACACCACGUGCGUCAUCUGGCUGGCAUUUGUGCCGCUGUACUUCGGCACGGCGAGCCACGUGCCGCUGCGGGUCACCAGCAUGGCCGUCACCAUCUCGUUGAGUGCCAGCGUCACUCUGGCAUGCUUAUUUGCACCUAAGAUGUACAUAAUCCUGAUCCGGCCGGAGCGCAACGUGCGCGGCAACCUGAUGCCGUCCAAGUGGCGCGGAGGCGCGGCGCGCGGCGCGGCGCCCGGCGCCGUGUGCGCCGCCAUCGUGGGCGCCGCGCCGCUGCCGCGACACACGCCCUCCACCGACCUGUCCACUCUCGACACCACUGAACGCUCGACGUCGACCGACAGACAAGUUCAAACGGACGACCCAAACGCGACACCAAAGAACGGUGCCAUCGAACGCAAUGGUCUGUGCUUGGACCCUAAGAAGUUGGCGGAGCUCGGAGGGCUGCCAGGGUUCGAGGAGGCGAGCGGCGCGGCGCUGCGGCGCAGGGCCACAGCGGAGCCCGUGAUGAGGGUGGCGGUGGCGGUGGUGGGCGCGCGGCCGCCCUUAUAGCGCGUCGCGAGACCGCCGCGCCUGCCGGUGCUCGUGUGAACGGUGUUACUUUGCGUGGGGAGAAACUUAGAUCAAUAAAAGAAAUUGGUACUUACUUGGUUAAACUUGUCAUAGUUCGGCAUUCGGCAAAUCAACUGGCCACACAAAUCGCCCAUCGAAUUAUUAUACACUAACAUACGAUACGGUGAAUUUCUUAUGUUAGGCAAAGGUUUAAUAAGUUUGGCAAAUCAGCCAGCCGGCAGAAACGAUGUUAUGUAACAGCGAAUAUAUCCCGGUAGUAUCUACUAUCCCGGAAAACCAAAGAGUACGUGCGGAAUUUUCAAAAAUUUAUAUUCGCACUAAUUUUAUUAUUCCUUCUAUGAAAUCUGUAACUAGCCAAACUAAUAUCUUGAAAAGAUGAACUACUUUUACCAAAUUGAUAGAACUAAAGGGAAAACAUACUUUUAACAUGCAACUUAAAUAUGAAGAUACGUUGCAUCGCUGUCAGCGUUUGCAAUUUGAUUAUGUUCACAGAAAAUAUUAUAUUUUUACUUAAAAAAACACGCGUCACGUUUUAUGAGGUUCCAUCGAGUGUUCAAAGUAUUAGAUUACAAUAUAGCCAUUAAUAAUUUAGACAUUUUCUCCUAAUUUAUAUUUAUAUAUCCUAUUUGUUCUUCUAUUUUUUUGUACAACCGAAUAAGCUCUCAUUUCUUUAUUAAUCUAAGGUGAUAAGUGACACUUAAUUCAAAGCAAUGAAAGCUCAAGAGAGCGAAAAAUAGAUUAGAGUGGAAUAAGAUGUUUCGAAAUAAUGAAGUUAUUUAAGAGAAAUAAUCGAAAUAGAAAAUAUAUUUUCUCA